UCCUUUCCCUUAAAUCUUACAUAACUUACAUUCUCCUUUUCUCUCUGUCCCAUACUCAUUAAACUCCUUCCAUUUUAUUAUUAUCUCUAUGAUCUAUAGUUGGUAUUGUUUCAACAAAAAUGGGUAAUGGAUCAUCUUGCAUCAUAGCAUGUACCAUGAGAAAACAUGUUAAAGUUGUCAAAGAAGAUGGUAAGAUACUAGAGUUUAGUUCACCAAUCCAUGUGAAAGACAUUUUGAUAAAUUUUCCUACUAAUGCUGCUAUUGUUGAUUCGAAGAAUGCAACAGAAACUCUAUCACAAGAUCAUGAAUUGAAGGGUGGAAAAUUGUACUACUUGAUUCCACAUAACAAAGAGGCAGAAGAACAAGGUGGUGGUGGGACAAAGACAAAGAGGAUCAAAGUUUUAAUAACGAAACAGCAGCUUCAACAGUUAGUGACCAAAGAAAUGUCAUUACAGGAACUAUUAUCAGUUGUUAAAACAGAUGGUGUUAGUUUGACAUGUGAUCGGAAGCCAAUAUUGGAUUCUAUACCCGAAGAAAACGAGUAACUUAUAUAACUAUUUAUUUUCUUCUGGUUGUUUGUUUCAACCUUUGGUUUCCUAGCUUUCAUCCUGUCUUAAUGUGGUAGAUUUUAAGGUUUUGUUUUCGGUUAUAUAAUUAAGGACUCACUGAAAGAAAUUAAUGUAAAGGCAGAAAUAUAACCUGAUAUGAAAUAAUGACUUAGAUACAAUAUGCAGUUUACAGAUAUUGUAGUAUUGUAUAAUUCAUUUUGA